CAAUUUUUCUCUAAAAUAAAGCUCAAAGAAGCUCUUUCACAUCGUUUCUCUCUCUCUCUAGCUCAUCUCCGCCGCCGUCAAAGACACACCACAUCGCGUAGGGUUUCACGUCGGAGAAUCUCAAUCCCUUCACCUCAGAAGCUUUCAUCAAUGGCAACCAUGGCUAGGUCGUUUUUGCAGGCGAUAUCAAAGGACGAGGCCGUCGCUCCUCCUCUCAGAGUUGUUCAGAUCGAAGGACUGGCUGUGCUGAAGAUAAUCAAGCACUGCAAGGAGUUUGCACCGACGCUUGUCACAGGGCAGCUUCUUGGACUUGAUGUUGGUAGUGUUCUUGAAGUCACCAAUUGUUUUCCUUUCCCUGUGAGAGAUGACGAUGAAGAGAUUGAAGCUGAUGGGGCUAAUUAUCAGCUUGAGAUGAUGAGGUGUCUGAGGGAGGUUAAUGUUGACAACAACACUGUUGGCUGGUAUCAAUCCACUGUUCUUGGGUCUUAUCAGACUGUAGAGUUGAUUGAGACCUUCAUGAAUUACCAGGAGAACAUCAAGAGGUGUGUUUGCAUCAUCUAUGAUCCCUCUAAAGCUGACCUUGGCGUCUUAGCAUUGAAGGCUUUGAAGCUUUCAGAUUCCUUUAUGGAGUUGUACCGGGCUGGAAACUUUACAGGCGACAAGUUGAGAGAGAAAAACUUCUCCUGGAUGGAUAUUUUCGAGGAGAUUCCUAUCAAGGUCUCAAACUCUGCGCUUGUCAGUGCCUUCAUGACUGAACUGGAGACUGAUGCACCUGUCUCACAGGGUGAUUACGAUCGUCUGCAGUCAUCAACCACUCCUUUCCUCGAGAACAAUAUGGAAUUUCUGAUUAAAUGCAUGGAUGAUUUAUCUAUGGAACAGCAAAAGUUCCAAUACUACUACCGGAACCUGUCUCGCCAGCAAGCGCAGCAGCAAGCCUGGCUCCAGAAGAGGAGGACGGAGAAUAUGGCGCGUAGAUCAGCUGGGGAAGAGCCUCUACCAGAGGAGGAUCCAUCAAACCCAAUCUUUAAGCCGAUCCCUGAACCAUCAAGGCUAGAGAGCUUCCUCAUCACAAACCAAGUCUCAAACUUCUGUGGCCAAAUCAAUGGAGUGGCUGGCCAGAACUUCAGCAGGCUCUACCUCACCAAGGCGUUGCACGAGAACUGAGUACGAGAAAGCGAGACUUUUUUUGCUGGAAGUUUUUCUUUUUUGAUCAACUGCUGGAAGUUUUUCAAGUAGUGUAAUAACUUUAAAAUCCGUCUGAAAACAUGAUUCAAGUCGUAUGCACAAGAAAAUGCUUAUUGAAAUUUGAAGAUUUACCGUUGAUCGAACGUAAGAUUUAUACAUUUUA